UUGUCAAAAACAGCCGGUCAGAAAAUAAUUGAAACAACAAACAAAAAUAGAUUACAUCUUACGAUAGCUGCACGCGGCGCUUAUUAAAUUUUAUCGUAUUAAACUUAUUGUGAUUCUAUGAAACUUUGAACUUAAAAAAAUCUGUAGAAAUGUGGCCCGUUUUACUGAGUUUUCUACGUUCUAGAGCUCCUUACGUAACGCUACCGAUUGCCGCGGUAAUCGGUAUUAUUGGAUACAACAUCGAAAGUCUAAUUUCGGAUAAAUACACUCCAUACAGCCCAUCCAUUGAAGAAAAACGAGUUGAUCGAGUAACGGACGAUCUGCAUUUAAAGGAUGCUACACAUGUGGAAAAACUUGUCUACAAAGAGAAUGUUCUGGGAAGAAACCUUUCUCCGUCGCUCGAGAAAAAAUAGCUGUAAAGAUUUUAUGUUUUAAAUAAACAAUGUGUAAAUAAAGAGUAAUUGAACGAUCUAAAAAUAA